GCGUCGAACGGGUCAGUCACCGACGAGUUUGGGACUGCACCAUCUGAGGCUGUGCGAAGCAAGAACCCCUUGACUAACGCCAUGGUCUGCCACUACUCGUUUAACGAGGCUGCCGUCCAUGCCCUGGCGCCGGACGGCCUGUGCGACUACGCCUUCUGCGAGCAAUUCUACCUGCCGUCGCACCAGGGUUUCGUCGAAGGGCCGGGCCCGGACCAGGAGAGCUUCAUGAUGGCAGCCAGCAAGCACAGCAUGACGGAAUACGGCAUAAGCUUUCCCUUCUUGGCCAUAAGCAUGGUCCGCUAUGACCUGUCUAGCGAGGCGGCACCUGCGAGCGUCUCCCGGUACUGGGCCAUGCGCUUCUACCAUUACGGCUUCGUCACCAUGGAUCUCGGACGGAGUUCUAUGGAGCUGAAAAACGUCCUUGAGGUCUUGCAAAUGGCCAAAAAGCUGGUGACCCCCCAUACCAAGCGAGACGGCCGGCCUAGCUACACGGCCAUCGCGUGGAACGAGAAGGACACGAGCGCGGUGAACGAAGCCGUGAAAUUGAUGAGAAACGUGCUGAUGCCCGACUUCAUCAUCGUCCACGGGCAUCGCGUGUACCUUGGAAAAAAUCCCACGCCGGAACUAGUGUCCGCGCCCACCAAUAUAUUUGUCCAGAAGCACGCCAGCGGUAUCGUACAGACGCUUGGCGAGGCGGUCAAGUCCCUGAAAGAGCUGUCGCGCAUGCGCAUUCCUGCUGCGCUGUCUCUCUCUGUGACGAUGUCGGCCUACACGUACUACCCCAAAAGCUUGAGCGAUCUUCAGGAUGGCGCUGAUGCGAUGUUCCGAGAGGCUAAUUUCAGCACCACGCUGCCGUUUGCGGCCUACGAACACGUGUGUGGCUACCCAGGAGACUUUUUCUUCUACAGAGAGCGUUACAACUCGACGUACCACGUUAGGUACCGAUACGAAGACGGGCGUCUCUUGUUGUGGGACACAGAAGGAAGCCUCCGAGAAAAGCUGUGCAGAAUCAAGCGGAACAGUACUAACGUCCCGUACAGUCUGGCCGCGUACGACUUGGACUGGGAUGACCACGAGGACACUUGUUCGUUCGCCAACUGGUUCGGCGCGUACAGCAGGGUGAAGAUGGUGCGUGUGCUGAGCGAGUUCUUCCACUACGGCUUCCACACCAAAUACGACGAGGCAGACUGCUUGGUGAUCGGCGACGAGUUUUAGGGUUGGCGUGCCCUGUUUAGCUCUGCGAGCAACUCGUCUGCGGUGCAACGGCAGCGAGCGCUCUCACCUCUGCUGAACGCGGAAAGCCUGCUGUCUGGACUGUUCUUGCACGGAUUCUUUAUUUUCAAUUCACUAUCGCCCUUGUAGAAUCUAUCAUCGUGCUUCCACGUUUCUGAAAGUUCUUAAAUUUGUUUUUCUGCUGCUAAUGCAAUGGCUUUAUAGUCGACGCGUGUAAUUAAGUGGAAUCCGCACAAUCAUGUCGUUUUAGAG